CGUGUGUAUUUCAACAUGGCGGACAGCAUGAAGAUUGAUGUGGCAUCAGUGUUAUCUGCAGCGGAAAAGAAUACUAGAGAGAAGUUUAAAUCGACAGAAGUCAUAAAAGAUAUAGAUCCGGAUCUAGACAUUGGAAAUUUAUUAGCUACAGAUCUUCAGCCGAUUGAUAUACGAGAAUUUAGGAAGAACAAAGAGGAUUUCCUCAGGAAUCUUGCCAGAGACAACACCCAGUUGCUAUUUAAUGCCAUUUGGAAGCUUCCGAAUGAGAGAUCUGAAGGUCUGGUUCUUGCAAAGUUACCUGAGCCUCAUACAGUUAUACCAAGAGAGAAACCUGUAAGUACAAAGUAAAUUUAAUAUCAAAAAAAUCAGGGGAAGGUAUCAUAUUACAGUAAACACCCGCAUAUAAGAACCUAGUGAUUUAAGAACCUACAGGCUGAAAUUGGGCAUUUUAAUACCCAAAUAUAUAAGAACCUAUUUUGGCUGGCAAAGAACAAUAGGUUCUUAUACAAAAAAACACUCUUAUUUUGUAGCCAAA